AUGGUUGAUCCUCCAAAACUAGAACAAUAUGAGGCAUGUUUGAUGGCUCGGCAGAGGCCAUCCAUAGAUUUUACAUCUGAGGCAACAAACUUAGUAGCUGUUAUGGUUGGUGACUUAGUGGAAAAGAGUACACAAGGUGAUAUUGUUUUUGAAGAACGUGAGGAUAUAUUGAUUGUUGCGCUUGGAACAAAUGAAUGCUCUGGUAGGAUCCACACUACUCCUAGGGGUGUGGCCUUUAAUAAGUUCUUUGGAAAAAUUUCACACUCCACCUUACGAGGAAUCACAACCUUCAAGCCUUGGCGGGAUCUUACUGAAUUAAUUUCUGGUAUUAAAUGGAUCUCCAUAUCUAUCUUGUAUUUAUGGUGCUCAUAUCUACAUGGCAUGUGUGUCUUUAAGAAUGUCAGAGAACUGUUUGGGUUUCUUGAUCCGAAUAGGACACUACUUGCCACUAGAGAAUCUGUAUUAAGGUCGUACUUGGGGGGGUAUCAUUUAUUAAGAGGUGUUGAUAAUAAGAAGCCUAAUUGGAAGAUUGUCAAGGCACAUCGGCAAGAUAAUAGACGCGUGUAUGGAUAUUAUGUGAUGAAGAACAUGUUUGAUGUUGUUGAUACUUCAAUUGUUGAAAGAUUCGAUGAGAUAUCUAUAGACACAUCACCUUAUGAAAAAGAGACAAUGGACCAUAUUCGGAAACUUUAG